CACCGCUGUUGCAUUCGCGCCGUCACUUUUGAAUUUCUACAUACUCAUCAUUUCACAGGAGAACAGACAGACAAUCAUGCAUGCCGUGACGUCCGCCAAGAAACAAAAGGAAUACAUCGACAAACUUCAGGCAGAAAUUGAUGUCUUACAGAAGAGGAUAGGUGAGGAUGAGAGCGCCGAGGCUAUCGUAUCAAAACACAUAAACCUGUUGCACCGCUAUAAUGAAGCCAAGGACGCUACUCAGUUAUUGAUAGGAAGGCUCGCCGCUUCGAAGGAAACCACCGUCCGGCAAAUCCAUCACGAUAUGGACCUCAUGGAUGACCAGUGACAUCUGCUCCGCCUCUACCCUGCCCUGCAUCUUCAAUAGCUGGCUGUUUUUUUCUGUUGCGCAUACAUCGUGUUCAGCUGUAUAUUAUGUUUGUAACAAUAUCCAACUGGUCCCAUUUCCAGCCAUACUCGAGCAAUUCUUCCAUCCAACGCAUAUCCUCCUACUGGCCAGGUCUUGAUGGGCUUCGGCACAAUAUCUGUAUGGUCCAGCCAACGAGCGUGUGUUUAUUACCGAGAACAGCUCGCACAGCACGGCAUGAUGAGGUCCUGUAACAACGGACUCGGCAACGAGCUCCCCGAGAUUGAUGGAGCGUCCAUUGACGAGGUUAUCAAAAAAAACGACUAUCGGAGUUGCUGUAGCUUGUUUUCUGCCCACACCAAGCCCAAAAGUCAUUCAUACCCAUCGAGAUGACCACGUCGCCGCUGGUCGGGGAAGCAAUUUCAAAGCAAGAUAUGAUGUCUCCCAAGCGGCAACUAUGAGACAACAGGUAUAUCCUUGG